GAGCCAGGUACAUGGAAUCCUGGGAAAGCGUUUGAUCAAGGUCUGAACCCAGAUAACCCCUGUCUGAAGGUCAAGUGUAGCGGUCACAAAGUGUGUGUUGCAGACGACGACCAGACUGCUGCUUGUGUUAGCCAGCGGAGGGUCAGUGUGAAGGAACCGGGCCUGUCUCUGAGUCCAGGGUCCAAAUGCAGACGCUGUCCAGUGGUCCGUCCCUCUCCUGUGUGUGGUACUGACGGACACAGCUACUCAACCAAGUGUAAGUUGGAGUAUCAGGCAUGUAUCUCAGGGAAGCAGAUCUCAGUCCAGUGUUCUGGCCAGUGUCCCUGUCCUGCUGUCCUUCCUGAAUACAGCACAGCAGGACAGACAGAGUUCAGCUCGGGGGCGGGGCCUAUCUGUAAGGAUCCUCUUGGUUGGAUGUUCUCCCGCCUCGACACAAACUUUGACCUCCAGCUGGACCAAUCAGAGCUCAGCAGGCUGGGGCUGGACAGGAAGGAAGGCUGCUCCGAUGCACUCUUCACUUCCUGUGACACACCCACUGACACACACCCCGACACACACCCCGACACACUCCUCCUCUCCAGCGCAGAGUGGUGCACCUGCUUCCAGAGAUACACAGACUCCCCCUGUUGGUCUGAACUGACCAGUAUUAACAAGAAACAGGCUACGGAGAAGCUACCGGGUCAGUACCUGCCAGUGUGUGACGCAGAGGGCUACUACCGGUCCCACCAGUGCCACGGCAGCAGCGGACAGUGCUGGUGUGUCGAUCGCUAUGGCAACGAGGUCGCAGGGUCACGGACCCACGGAGCAGCAGACUGUGGGGUGGUGUUGGAAUCAUCUGGAGACCAGGGCAGCGGAGACUCUCUCUUCUCCGACGACGACUAUGACGAUGAUGAAGAUGAUGCCUUCGUCCUGAGCGACCAGAUCGAUGAUGAAGAUGACGAAGACGAGGACAACUAUGACGGAGAGGAAAGAUAUCUGUCGUAACUCCGUCACUCUGCACUUUGCCAGGGGACUUCAGCAGCAAGAAUAGUUGCUAGGCGACCUCGUCACCGCUAACAGACUAAAGACAUUUUUCUCUCUCUCUUCUGUGUCUCAAAUGUCCCCCUAUACCCUAGUCAGUUCCCCAGGGCCCAUUGGGUGCUGGGGGAAGGCAGUUCACUACAUAGUGUACAGGGCACCAUUUGGGAUGGCCCACUCUGUGUUUGUUGUCUGUUCCUAACUUAAGGUGGACUCUGCAAUUUGACAUCAUUGUACAAAUUGGGGGGGGGGGGGGGGACGACUUCCUGUAAAUAACAGACGUCAUCAACAAAAAACAACAACAACAACGGAAUUGUGAUCUAUGGGUCCCUUUGUGGUGUUUCCGCAUCAGGAAAAUCACAGCAUAGCCGUCUUGGCAGAUUAGAAUUCUGUUGUUGGUGUUGUCCCGUAAGCAGGAAGUGACCUUGCUGUGUAUGAUGUCAUAAUGACUAGCCCACCUUUCAUAGCUGGUAAACGUUUGUUUAUGUUUUCACUUUCUCUGCCGUCUAACUUUUGAAUGGCCUGCGUGGCUGUAACUCCGGGGAGUCGUCCAAUCAGCGAGAACUUCAACGACCAAUCAGAGUUUAGAGACUAGUUUAUCAACAGCCAAUCACAAGCUGUGGAUGUAGUCACAUGUGCAAUGAGCCCUUUCCUUAUUGGACAAUCAGCGUGUCCUCUCCUCUCUCUUCCUCUCCUCCCUCCUAUCUCCUCUCCUCCUUCCUAUAUCCUCUUUUCCUCUCCUCCCUCCUAUCUCCUCUCCUCUCUUCCUCUCCUCCCUCCUAUCUCCUCUCUUC